CAGCAUGGAGAGCCAGCGGCUGUCCUAUGGCCGCCGCUUCAGCCCCACCACCCCGAUGUACCGGGUGCUCCCCACCAGCCCCCCAGCCAGGCUCCGUGCUCCCCACAGCACCCAGCCAGGUGCCCGCAUGGGUGCCCGCCUGGGGUCAGGCAAGAUGGACUUCUCGCUGGCUGCGGCACUCAACUCAGAGUUCAGAGAGACACGCACCAACGAGAAAGUGGAGAUGAUGGAGCUCAAUGACCGCUUUGCCAGCUAUAUCGAGAAGGUCCGGCUCCUGGAGCAGCAGAACAAAGUGCUAGUGGUGGAGCUGAACCAGGUGCGGGACCAAGAACCCCCGCGUCUGGCCAACAUCUACCAGGAGGAGCUGCGUGACCUGCGGCGCCACGUGGAGCAGUUGGCCACGGCCAAAGCCCGUCUGGAAAUUGAGAGAGACAACCUCGCCGAGGACCUCAGCAGCCUCCAGCAGAAGCUGCAGGACGAGGUGACCCUGCGGCUGGAGGCCGAGAGCAACCUGGCUGCCUACAGGCAGGAUGUGGAUGCUGCUGCCUUGGCUCGCCUGGACCUGGAGCGGCGGGUGGGGACCCUGCAGGAUGAGAUCACCUUCCUCCGCAAGGUCCACGAGGAGGAGCUGCGGGAGCUGCAGGAGCAGCUGGCCCGGCAACGGGUGCACGUGGAGGUGGAUGCAAGCAAGCCGGACCUGACAGCUGCCCUGCGUGACAUCCGCAGCCAGUACGAGGCCAUGGCCACCAGCAACAUCCAGGAAACCGAGGAGUGGUACAAGUCCAAGUUUGCAGACCUGACGGACGCGGCUGCCCGGCACGCGGAAGCCCUGCGCGCAGCCAAGCAGGAGGCCAACGAGUAUCGGCGCCAGCUCCAGGCCCUCACCUGUGACCUGGAGGCUCUGCGGGGCUCGAAUGAGUCCCAGGAGAGGCAGCUGCGGGAGCUGGAGGAGCGCUACGCGCUGGAAACGGCAGGCUACCAGGACACAGUGGUGCGGCUGGAGGAGGACAUCCGCAGCCUCAAGGAGGAGAUGGCCCGGCACCUACAGGAGUACCAGGAUCUGCUCAAUGUCAAGCUGGCCCUCGACAUUGAGAUCGCCACGUACCGCAAGCUGCUGGAGGGCGAGGAGAGCAGGAUCACCAUCCCUGUGCAGAGCUUCUCCAACCUGCAGAUCCGAGAGACCAGCCUGGACACUAAAUCCCUGUCAGAAGCCCAUCUGAAGAGGAGCAUUGUGGUCAAAACCGUGGAGACCAGAGAUGGAGAGGUGAUCAAGGAGUCCAAGCAGGAGCACAAGGAGGCGGCGUAGGGUGGGUGAGCUGCAGCAGCCACAUGCUUGUAGCCAUAGCUCCGUAGGUCCUGUCUGAUGCUGCAAGGGAGCCCUGCGUCUGGGCACAGGUCACAGGAGGAGCUGGUGGUCCUUUGGCAGCAAGUAUCUCCCUCGCCUCCACGCCUGGCCUCUCCCAUGUCACCUCGCGCCCCAGGGACCCCGCUAGCACCCUGUUCAGGACUGGCUGCCAGCAGAGCACCCGUCCGACUGGACACUGUGGGGAGGGGGUACCAGGCAGGGCUGAGCUCCCCUGCCUGGGUGGGACCACAGUCCCACAGCAUGGAGGGGCCAGCGGUUCCAGGGUCAUGUCCAUGCUCACCCUUGGUCUCCGGCUCACCAAUGCCCAGGAAGAGAGUUUGUCCUGUUUCGAUCUCCAUGCACCAGUUGGAAAAGUCAGUGGUGCCAAGAGCAUCUCUCCCUGCAUCCCAUUUUGCUACCCUCUCUCUGGUCUGGGAGGCCACCCCAAAUCUCCCCAGUGCACCCAGGCCUGGAGCACCCUUCAGUGGGGGGGCUGCAGGGUGCAAGGUACCGGCUGGUGAGGGACAUUUCCCUGCCACCAGCAUUGGGUGAGCUUAGCCACGAGGCACAAGGAGGAUGGAGAGGCAGGGUGCUGUCAGGAAGGUGUUGAAGGGUGAUGCAAUGGGGAUAACGAAGGGUUCCUGGGGACACUGGGGUGUCCGGGCUGGUUUGUGGGGCUGGAGCAGUGGUGGGCACAGCAGGCUGGGUGGCUUCAAGGGCUUCUCUUGGCACAGAGUUAAGGGCCAUCCUGACCCCCACUUGGUGUCCGCCACCAAGGUGUCCCUGUCGCUGUGGUGGAGAAUAACAGUCCCAAGGGGCUUGUGGCGAGGGGUGACCCAUGGCCCUGCGCCCGGCCCCUCACCUGGAGGGGUCCUAUGCAGGUGAAAAUGGAGAGGAGGGGAGUGCAGAGGAGGAGGAGGAGGGUGUUGGGGCACCCAUGGGUGCUCUCACAGUAGGAAGUGCCUCCCGCAAUCCAGGAGUGAUGGGGGAGGACAAACAGAGCCAUCUUUGCCCUGCCUGUCCCGCCUGGGCUCACCCUGGGAGCCAGGAGGACGGGGGACCGGGGCUGCCCUGGCCACAUUCCCUGCCAUGUGUUCAGCCCACACCCAUCCCCCACAUGGGCAUUCAAGAUGGGGUUGGAAGAAAUCCCUUGUCCCUGGGCUCCACAUGGCCCUGUCCCCCAGCCUGUCCUCCCGUGCUCCCCCUGAACCAGCACAUGCCACCCAGGGCCGUUGCCCAGCCUGGUGCUUGCCCACAGCCCCUGUCCCCACCUUCAAUUUAGCUAUUGACCAUGAGCGAAACCCUUCCUGAUGCCACCUAACGCAGCAGCAAUGACCCAGCAGCACUUCUCGUACCCUGUAAGCCCUUUGGGAUGAGCACAUGAGAUGCCACCCAGAUGCCACCCCUCUUGUCCCCUCUGUCCCCCUCAUCCCCUGGCUCAGGUGCUGAGCAUGCUUUGCAGCUACCGACUCCAGAGCCAUUCCCAGAGGCAGGAGAUGUUAUGGGAGAUGCGGGUGCUGCCUGCAUUUGGCAUGUGGGGUGGGGUGGUGGUGGCCCCGGGGGCUCGGUCCCCUGUGAGCAGCCUCUGGCUGGAGCUCUGCAGCCCACACUGCCACCGAAUUAAUGCACUAACACCCGCAGCAGCUUCGGAUGAGAAAUAAAGCUAAUGCGAAU